AUGAAGCUCAUACAGUAUCUGAUUAUUGGUGUGACGUUGCUGGUGUGUCUUGUGGCGCCAGUGAUGUGUCAUGCUGGGUCUUAUAUACUUUCAUUUGACGAGUCCAGCAGGGCUCUCCCCCAGAAUGUGUGGGAGAAAGCGCUUGGGUUUGCUGAUGAGCUCGGUGUGAAGAUUACACAUGAGUACUCCUUGAUCAAGGGGUUCACGCUGGAUGUGCCUGAGGAAGUUUUGCCCAAGUUGAAGAAGAAGCUGGCUGAUUUGGAACGGGACUAUGGUGUCAAAGGGCAUUUGGAAGAGGACAACUUGGUGCAUGCAUUCCAGGAACACAUUUGA